UUGUUACAGCUUGAGGACGAGAGAAAGAGGACAACAUUUGCACGCAGGAUGAUACAGAUACCAGAUCCCUGAACAGGAAGGUCGAAUCGCAAACAGCUCCAGCCAAACCCGAACCCUGAGACUACGCCUGCCAAGCUCUCUCUCCAACACGCUCGCACGCGAGGACUGAGGACGGACGCACUGACCAAACUGACCAACAGGUGGGGCAGACUGAAGCGCACAGACAAUUUGCACCCGCCGAAGAAUUUGCAGGCGUGCACAGACCAUCCAGGUCGAGUAUAUAUUCAGGGCUCCCCUUCCAAAUUUACUCGGUUUUCUUUUUUCUUCUUUAGCUCUCUUUGCCUUUUGGCUUAGAUCAAGUGUAGUAUCUGUUCUUUUCAGUUUAAUCUCUGAAACUACUCUACGGAGUAGAAUCGUGAUUAUCCUAAUUUUUGUCUCUCGGCUGACUUUCCUCUGGGCUUGCCCAUGAUCGUCGGCCACAGUGUCCCUGGUAUUACACUGCCUCCAGGCGACGCGAACCCAACCAUCUUUUUCAUUGCAGUCUUGGGAUUAUAUCCUGGGAUGCGAGGAAGAAUUUUCUGUGUUGUGUGUUGGUUGAAUUGAUGGUGAAUUGCUGUCUUGAGUCGCUGUUUGGCGACCAAUUUUGAUGCUUUUGUCGAGUUGUUGCCUGUUGUUGAUGAUAUCCGUGACUCAACUGCGACUCCCAUUCCAUGGGUUAAAUUUUCCCUGCAUAGACCCUCUCGUGUCUUCCCAUCUCGAAUCUGAAAUAACCAAGGCCUGACAGCAGUUUGGCAUCAUUAAAAAUCCUUCUCUUGCAAACAAUUGCCCGAUAAUCCGACCGUGCAGCAACUGUGGUGUGGACAUCUCAAAAUUUGAACAGUGUGUGUGUUUGGCAACCUUUGACACCCAACCUCAACCUCACUCACAACCACCACCACUCUCAAUCUCACCCAACGUCAAAAUGCCCCCCAUGAUCGACCCCUCCCUCUUCGACCAAAUCAAGUCCAAGAUCGAAGAGGACACCACCGUCCGCAAGGAGCUCGAGCAGAUUGUCGACGAGCUUCACCAGCAUGUCUCCUUCACGCAGGGUUUGUUGUCCAAGAUUCACUCAACCCCGCGGUCAAAGUACGCAACCCUCCUCCCCCAAGUAGAAGAGGGCAUCAAAUCCCAAGUCGCCACCGUAGGCAAGCUCUCAGCGUUUGCAUCUCAAUAUCCUUACUACAAAUACAACCACAAAUGGACCCGCCCCCUCCAAGACUCCCUCUCCACUUGCCUCCUCUUCACCUGGCUAUCCACCCACACCCUCCUCACCCCCCUCCAGCUGGCCACAUACUACUCCGUCCCUUUGAACCUCACAGCCCAAGACGAUGCAUUCCACAUUACCACCGAGGAGUACCUCCUCGCCCUCGUCUCCAUAAUCGACGACCUCUCCCGCCUGGCGAUGAAUUCCGUCACGCUCGGCGACACCGCUCUCGCGGUGGAGAUCUCCGCCUUCAUCAGGGACCUGCACGCCGGGUUCCAGGUCUUGAAUCUGAAGAAUGAUAUCCUGAGGAAGAGGGUUGACAGCAUCAAGUAUGCCGUGAAAAAGGUCGAGGAUGUGGUUUAUGAUUUGAGUUUGAGGGGGUUGAUUCCUGCUGUUGGGGCGGAGGACGAAAAGAAGGGGGAGUGAAAAACUGUCAUGAUAAGAAACGGAAUCAUCGUUUACAUGAUCAACAAAGUUGAAAGGUGCUGGGGGCUUCAUUAAGAGUUACCAUGGAUCAUCAAAAAUAUACGUGGCGAGGGCCCGGCUGAAAAUGAACAAUACAAAUACUAUUUUAGUUACCUC